AUGGACUACACCAGUCCAUUUAUAUACAGGGUGCAAUUCGGUAUUUUGGGGCCAGAUGAAAUUCGGAAGUUUUCUGUGGCCGAGAUCGAAUUUGCCGAAGUCUACGAACAGGGGAAGCCAAAAUUGGGUGGAUUGAUGGAUCCUCGGCAAGGAGUCAUUGACAGAAAAGGCACUUGUAUGACAUGUUCCGGCGAUCUAACAAACUGUCCGGGUCAUUUUGGACAUCUCGAGUUGGCAGCUCCAGUCUACCAUGUCGGAUUCAUUAACAAAUCACUAAAGAUUCUUCGAUGUGUUUGUUUCUACUGCAGUCGUUUGCUUCUGGACAAGGAAAAUCCUGGAAUCAAAGAGAUUCUCAAGAAAACACAGGGAAAUCCACGGAAACGACUUGCUAUGAUUUACGACAAAUGUAAGACAAAGACUGUGUGUGAUACUGGCACGGAGGUUCCAGUCGAUGAAGCUGAAGAAGUUGAUCCAGACAAACCAACUCGGCAAGGUGGUUGUGGACGCUAUCAGCCUACAUAUCGAAAAGUUGGCCUUGAAAUUCAUGGUGAAUGGAAGAAAAAUGUGAAUGAGGAUACACAGGAGCGCAAAAUCAUUGUCACUGCUGAAAGAGCUCUCGAAGUCUUUAAAAGUGUAACCGAUGAGGAUUGUCUAAUUAUUGGAAUGGAUCCACGUUAUGCAAGGCCCGAUUGGAUGAUCGCAACUGUGCUACCUGUGCCACCUCUUGCCGUGAGACCAGCUGUUGUCACAUUUGGAUCAGCUCGGAAUCAAGACGAUUUGACGCAUAAGUUGGCCGAUAUUGUAAAGCAAAACAAUGAGCUUAAAAGUAAUCAACUCAAAGGUGCAGCUGCUCACGUUUUGGCAGAUAACGUCGCGUUGUUGCAGUUUCACGUGGCUACAAUGGUGGAUAAUUGUAUGCCUGGUGUUCCGACGGCUACACAAAAAGGAGGUCGGCCGCUCAAGUCAAUCAAACAGCGUCUGAAGGGCAAGGAGGGUCGAAUUCGAGGAAACUUGAUGGGAAAACGUGUCGACUUCUCAGCCAGAACUGUCAUCACUCCUGAUCCAAAUCUUCCAAUUGACACAGUCGGCGUGCCUCGAACGAUUGCACAGAAUAUGACGUUUCCUGAAAUUGUGACUCCAUUCAACAUUGACAAAAUGCAAGAACUGGUAAAUCGAGGAGAUUCUCAAUAUCCAGGCGCCAAGUACAUCAUCAGAGACAGUGGUGAACGCGUUGACUUACGCUACCAUCCACGAGCAGCGGAUUUGCAUCUUCAGCCUGGAUACAAAGUGGAGCGACAUAUGCGUGACGGUGACAUCAUUGUUUUCAAUCGCCAGCCCACGCUGCACAAGAUGAGUAUGAUGGGCCAUCGUGUAAAAAUUCUUCCAUGGUCGACGUUUCGUAUGAAUCUCUCUGUGACAACUCCAUACAACGCUGACUUUGACGGAGACGAGAUGAAUUUGCACCUGCCUCAAUCAUUGGAAACAAAAGCUGAGAUUGAAGAGAUUGCACUUGUGCCUCGCCAAUUGAUUACUCCUCAAGCCAACAAGCCUGUGAUGGGGAUUGUGCAAGACACACUUUGCGCAGUUAGAAUGAUGACCAAAAGGGACGUUUUCAUUGAAUUGCCACGUCUGAUGGACUUGCUUAUGUCAAUGCCAGAUUGGGAUGGCAAAAUUCCACAGCCAGCCCUUCUCAAACCGAGGCCUCUAUGGACAGGCAAACAACUCUUCACGCUCAUCAUUCCUGGUGCUGUCAAUGUUAUCACGAAACAUGCAACUCAUCCAGACGAUGAAGAUAAUGGACCGUACAAAUGGCUUACAGUUGGAGAUACUAAGGUUUUGAUUGAGCAAGGCGAAUUGAUUUCGGGAAUCGUUUGCUCCAAGACAGUCGGACGUUCUUCUGGAAAUUUGAUGCAUGUUAUUGUGCACGAGCUCGGCUACGAAACUGCCGGCAAAUUUUACUCCCAUGUGCAGAAGUUGGUCAAUCAGUGGUUGAUCAUGGAAGGACACACGAUUGGAAUCGGAGACACCAUUGCCGACAAGUCGACUUACACUGACAUCCAGGACACGAUCAAAAAGGCGAAAAAUGAAGUGAUUGAAGUCAUCGAAAAAGCCCACAACGAUGAAUUGGAGCCAAGUCCUGGAAACACUCUGCGACAGACAUUUGAGAACAUGGUUAACAGAAUUCUCAAUGACGCCCGCGAUCGAACUGGCUCUUCGGCUCAAAAGUCGCUUUCCGAGUUCAACAACUUUAAAUCGAUGGUGGUUGCUGGCUCUAAAGGAUCGAAAAUCAACAUUUCACAAGUUAUUGCUUGUGUGGGACAACAGAACGUUGAAGGUAAACGUAUUCCUUUCGGAUUCCGACACAGAACUUUGCCACAUUUCAUCAAAGACGACUAUGGACCUGAAUCAAAGGGUUUUGUCGAGAACUCCUAUCUUGCCGGUCUAACUCCUGCCGAGUUCUUCUUCCACGCUAUGGGAGGACGAGAAGGACUGAUCGAUACGGCUGUUAAGACUGCAGAAACUGGAUACAUCCAACGCCGUUUGAUCAAGGCUAUGGAAUCUGUGAUGGUCAACUAUGAUGGAACGGUGAGAAACUCGAUUGCACAAAUGGUCCAGCUGCGAUACGGAGAAGACGGACUGGAUGGAACCUGGGUGGAGGGACAAAUCAUGGCAACAAUGAAGCUUCCGCACGCCGCUUUUGAGAAACAAUUCAAACUCGACUUGAGCGAUAUCAAGGCUCUACAAAAAGUGUAUAAUGAGGACAUUAUCAGGGAUCUCACUGGUUCUACCAUUGCGCUCAAAGAAGCCGAAGAAGAAUGGGAAAAGCUUGAGGAUGAUCGUCGUUUGUUGAGAAAGAUUUUCCCAAAAGGUGAUAACAAAGUUGUACUGCCGUGCAACUUGCAACGCCUCAUUUGGAAUGCACAAAAGAUCUUCAAAGUAGAAACGAGGAAGCCAACUAACUUGAGCCCGCUCAGAGUGAUUGAAGGCGUUCGUGAACUCUCAAAGAAGCUGAUCAUUGUAUCUGGCGAUGAUCGCAUCUCUCAACAAGCUCAAUAUAAUGCGACGCUUUUGAUGAACAUUCUUCUCCGAUCCACUCUAUGCUCAAAACAAAUGGCCGAAAAGUACAGACUGAAUCAAGAAGGAUUCGAAUGGUUGUUGGGUGAGAUUGAACACCGUUUCCAACAAGCGAUAGCUCAGCCGGGUGAAAUGGUUGGAGCUUUGGCAGCACAGUCUUUGGGAGAACCGGCCACACAAAUGACCCUCAAUACUUUCCAUUUUGCAGGAGUAUCGGCUAAAAAUGUGACCCUCGGAGUACCACGUCUCAAAGAAAUCAUCAAUGUUUCUAAGUCGCCAAAAACUCCCUCACUUACCGUUUUUCUCACUGGUGCGGCGGCAAAGGAUGCAGAAAAAGCCAAGGAUGUGCUGUGCAAGCUCGAACACACAACUCUCAGAAAAGUCACCGCCAACACGGCUAUCUACUAUGAUCCGGAUCCAAAGAGUACGGUGAUUGAGGAGGACGAAGAAUGGGUGGCGAUGUUUUAUGAGAUGCCCGAUUUUGAUCCUUCACGGUGUUCUCCUUGGCUACUCCGAAUUGAACUUGAUCGCAAGAGAAUGAUUGACAAAAAGUUAUCGAUGGAAGCAAUUUCCGAGAGAAUCCAGCAAUCAUUUGGUGAAACGUUGAAUGUCAUUUACACAGACGACAAUGCUGACAAUUUGGUUUUCCGCAUUCGAAUUGUUUCCGACGAUCAAGACAAAGGAGAUACCGAAGAGCAAGUGGAUCGAAUGGAGGACGAUGCUUUCCUACGUGCCCUCGAACAGAAUAUGCUCUCCGAUUUGACACUACAAGGAAUCGAACAGAUCGCAAAGGUGUACAUGCACAAACCGACCACGGACGAUAAAAAGAGGAUUGUGAUCACGCCGGAGGGAGGAUUCAAGGCAAUUCCCGAGUGGCUUCUUGAGACUGACGGGACAGCUCUUCUUCAAGUUUUGUCUCAGCCAAACGUUGAUCCUAUACGCACUACUUCUAAUGACAUCUGUGAAAUCUUUGAGGUUCUUGGAAUCGAGGCUGUGCGUAAAGCAAUUGAGCGUGAGAUGCACCAAGUUAUUUCCUUUGACGGAUCUUACGUCAACUAUCGGCACUUGGCGUUGCUCUGUGAUGUUAUGACUGCAAAAGGACACUUGAUGGCAAUUACUCGACAUGGAAUCAAUCGGCAAGAAGUCGGAGCUUUGAUGAGAUGUUCCUUCGAAGAAACAGUCGACAUUUUGAUGGAAGCGGCCGCUCACGCAGAAAUGGACCCAGUGAAAGGAGUCUCUGAAAACAUCAUGCUUGGACAGUUGGCUAAAGCGGGAACUGGUUGUUUCGAUCUCGUGCUCGAUUCGGAGAAGUGCAAGCAAGGAAUGGAAAUCUCAAUGAACUAUCAAGCUAUUGGACAUGGAAUGUUUGGUGGACAAAGCCCCGCAAGUUCUUCGAUGUCUCCCGCAUCUACUCCAUGGAUCUCGGGAGCAACUCCCUCGUAUGGUGGUGCGGCUUGGUCCCCUAUUGGUGGCUCUGGAAUGACUCCGGGUGGUGCUGCAUUUUCUCCAGGAGGUGCUUCGGAAGCUGGAUUCAGUCCUGGAUAUAGUGACGGUGGAUGGUCACCAGGAGCAGCGAUGUCACCAAGAGGCGGAUACUCGCCGGGAGGAGGAGCUUCGCCAUCGUUGUAUGAUGCUCUCGCAUCUCCACGAUACGGUCCAACAAGUCCGGCAUCUCAAUAUACUGCUGCUAGCCCACGGUAUUCACCAUCGUCGCCUGGCUAUUCUCCGGCAUCACCCUCAUAUUCGCCAACGAGCCCCAGCUACAGUACAACGUCACCAAGCUAUUCUCCGACUUCGCCGUCGUAUUCGCCAACAAGUCCAAGCUACUCUCCAACGAGUCCAAGCUACAGCCCGACGUCGCCAAGCUAUUCACCGACAAGUCCGUCCUACUCGCCAACAUCUCCUUCCUACUCUCCGACUUCACCAAGUUACAGUCCGACUUCACCAACGUACAGCCCUACGAGUCCAACGUACUCACCAACAAGUCCGUCGUAUUCGCCGACUUCUCCAACUUAUUCACCAACAUCACCGGCUUAUUCACCGACGAGUCCGACGUAUAGAGGAGGUGCAAGUGGUGGCUUUAGCCCGUCGAGCCCAAGGUACUCGCCAACUUCACCGGCUUACAGUCCAGCGUCGCCGACGUAUUCUCCAUCGAGCCCACAGUACAGCCCGAGCAGUCCGCAAUACAGCCCAAGUUCUCCACAGUACUCGCCUUCAUCGCCGCAGUACAGUCCAAGCUCCCCGAUGCGCCAAACUGCUUCACCUUCGUAUACUCCUUCGUCACCACAGUACUCACCUACAAGUCCUGUGUACACGCCAUCAAGUCCUCAGUAUACGCCAUCGUCGCCACAAUACUCGGGAGCAUCACCAAAUGCGUAUUCGCCAUCGUCACCACAAUACAGUCCAAGUUCUCCACAGUAUUCGCCAAGCUCUCCUCAGUAUUCCCCAUCUUCUCCCCAGUACAGCCCGAGCUCUCCGGCAUACGAUCAAGACAAACAGAAGAAG